UUAGGGCGAUACAACGAAAAUUGGAACCAGAUGAAGGAUUGAUUUGAGGGCGUCGAAGUGGAAUCAUGUUGCCUUGUAUAUCCAGGCUUCUCUGCCUUCAGAAACGCCCCUGGCUUUAGCGAACCCGUGUACCAAGUUCUCAUCUUCCCCACUUCAAGAUUUAGAGUGUUGGCUGUCAACCCGUUCACCGACGCGAGCACAUGACCGUGUCUACGAGGUGAUCAUCAUGAUGCCUCGUCACAGCUUUGGUAACGCGAGUGAUCUGAGUGAUCGAGCUCUUCCCUGAACACUCGACUGCCUCGAGGCGGGAUCUCCCCGGGAGUUACCCACGCAUCCUCUGAGCGAUUGCAAGCAACGAGCUACAUCUCUGCUCGAAUACUUCUGGCUAGCAACCUGCGGAAUCCCCCCCAUCCCACUACCUGCUAGCGCUUGAGAAACAUUCGAAUGCUACAGCCUCGCUACAAUCUACCCCCAUCCACCAUUCCGAACCGUGCAGUUGAUGAACAAAAGGACACUGGAUCCGUUACACCCGCUCCCGAUCGCGAAACGGGCUCGCCGAUCGCCGACCACCAGCGCCGGCGGCGAAGGACUGGAUGCGUCUCAACGGGUCGCAAGUCCCACUAUCUGUAACUUUGCACCGGAAGAUUCCUCGGAAUCUCAUCCCAAUAUGCCAUUCUCACCUGUAAAUCCCCCCGCUCCGAUUCCCGACCUUGCGACCGUACUAUGGGGGUUGGCCCAGCUGGGCCAAUCGCAGGAUGCGAUAUUGCAGGACUCGGAGUCUAUUUCUGAUUCGGUAGUGGCUACUGCGUCCGGAGUGAGCAACGCUCUGAAUACGAAUGGAGUUCGCGAUGUACUUCCAUUAAGCGCCUCGAACGCUUCACCUGCCAGGGUCAAGACACCCCCGGCAUUAGGCGGCUCCGGGACCACUCUGUCUGUGCGAAGUCCUGCCGAAGCUGUCACAUCGCGUCCACCGGCUCUCCCACUGGCAGCAAUGAACUCGGAUGUUGUUUCUGAUGAAUUCACGGACGUUACACUCCCGCCAUCUCCGCAAUUCCGCGCUUCUCAGCCUGUCCAUGCACCAUCAGCUUCUGCUUGGAACACACUCCAUCUACAGACACCGGUGUCAGUCCCCCUGCCAUCGACGACACCGAAGCCCGCAGCUGGCACGACGACGCAGACCGUACGCACGCCGACCCUCCCCCCGCGCUCCCUCUCACCGGCCUCGCUGUCCCAGACGACGCGGACGGUGACGGCGCACCUGCACGCGGCGCUGCAGGCGCUCGACGGCGAGAACCACGCGCUCAGGCAGGCGCUCGAGGGCCAGCGCGCGCGGAAUGCCGCGGCCGAGCGCCGGCUGCAGCUCGUGCUGGCGGCGUACCGCGUGCGCACGCAGGAGGCCGAGACGCUCCGGCGCCAGUGCGCACGGGCGGCGGAGGCGCUGCGUGCGGUGGGCGACGAGCGGGAUGCGGCGCGGGCGAAAAGCCGGGAGCUUGAAGCGAGUGUCGCAGAGCUCCGGAAGGCCCUGAAAGGGCGGGCGGCGUCGUUACCGGAAUUGGCCAGCGUGGGGGAUAUCACUGCCCGAGUUGCGGUGCUGAAUGAGGAGAACGGGCUGCUGAAGGGCCAGGUCGUCCGUCUGAAGGAGGCAGCGGAUGUCAGUGUCAGAGACGAGCAGGAGAGAUGCCAGGUGGAGCAGUUACCACAGCGGCCGCAGCUGCUUAGCGAGCCCAAUGCACAGAUUCUCGCCCAGUUUGAGGAAUCGCGCGCAGCUCGGCGGUCUAUUAGUGCUCAUCCUGAUGACUUCCACUUCCAAGUCCAUCUGCCACCUGCUGCUGUCAUUCAACCUGUCCCAGACCUUCGUAGUCCGACCAGUGACUCGCUGAUCACGGUUCCCACUCAGCUGUAUGCGAUAGCUUCAAUGAUGUUCUCGGCUCAGACCGAGCCCAGACCCCCUUCGCCCGCACUCCCUGCGCCAGGCCCAGGACCGGAAUUGAUCGACCUGACAGUGGAUGACGACGAGAUGGACGUCGACCUCCAGGGCCCAAUACCGAAGCCUGGUAAGGACCGCGAUACAGCGGUCGUCAGAACGGAGGCUAUUGUGAAAACCGAAUCCGAUGCCGUGAAUCUGGUAGUGCCGCCACUCAACUCGGACGAGGCUGGCCGGAAUGUGACCCCGACUUUCGUCAGUUUCCCCACACGACCUACGGGAACACAGGCGCCUGCCCUCGAUCUCGAUUCCGGAAGCAUCCCGCAUGCUCCCGCCAUCCCACUAGAUACCACGGUUACGGUGCCACCCGCGGGCGGGCACGGAUGUCACCCGAGUCCAAAACACGCCCACUCUGCUUACCCUGGUUUCGAUGAGCCGCCGAUCGCCGAUCCGUCGUUUUUCGCAAGCAGCGGCGGUAGCAGCAGCAACCGAGUCCAGUAUCGCCUGUUCCCUAUGCGGGAUCAACCAGGCUUCUUCAAGAUCCACGGCGUGCCCUGCCGCGACGCGCAGCUGGCCGAGGCUGUCCGAGUCUUGAGUUCCUCGGGGACGGAGGUCAGAUCCCAUUCCACGUCGUCUAUGACCGAACGCUCGUGGGGCCAGGCGCUCGAGCUGCUCCGUCUCAGAGCAGAGCAGCAGCAGCGCGCAGCGCAGAGCCCCGACGCGCCGCGGCACAGCUUGAACUGGCGCGAGAUGGGCUGGGCGGAGACCGCGGACGCGCUGCGGGUGUAUCACACACGGUAUCUCGCUGGUUCCAGCCCUGGCCCCGCGGCGCUGCUGUCCUUCUCUCGCGCGCAGGGCGAUUCGAGUCCACCCCGGAUCGGGGGGCCGGCUGCCCCCCGCCCAGGAAAGCUCGCUUCUCCCCCUGCGGUUCGAAAAGCUUCUGCUGUGUCCUCGCUGGGAAUGCCCGAGCCCCAUUCGGCGGGAUUCGCAGCGCCGAAGCACGGUCCGGGGAGUGCGUCCUCGGGUUUCGAGGGUCUUCUUUCUCGUCGUGUGUCCGAGCAGCCAGCAGCUCCGCGCGACGCGGGUGGUAGCUUCUUGCGCAAGUUGCCGGAGUGGGAGGCGAUUCGGACGGCGGAGAGCGACGACGACGACGACGAGCAGCAGCAGCAGGUCGCAGCUGCUGUGCGCGAGGAGGGGGAGGGGCAGGAUACCGGGGACGAAACGGAUCAGUUAACGCACGAUCUUGUCCUGUCGAUUAUCGACGAUCAGAUCAAAGAGGAACCUGAGGACGAUGAACCGGAUCCAGGACUCGCCAUGAACAAUGCAAUCGAGAGGGUAACCGGCGCCGCAUUGGUCGAUGUAGAUGUAGCCGUAUCGGAGGACACCGAUUCGGGGGCCGCUAUCCAGGCCAGGCAAGAGCCCGGCCUCGACCAGGAGAACACCCCUCCAACUGCAGGCGACCCGGUCGAAGAGGCUCUUUCCGUGCAGCCCCAACCGGUGUCUCCUCUUCUGACCGCAGCGGCCACAACAGAACCGAGGCACGUCGCCCCGGACGCAGAGCCCCCGGCGCAUCGCUUCUCGCGCGCCCAGCUCGGUCUGCUCUGGACCGCGGACGACAUCGGACUCAUCUGCAACUUGUGCCUCGCCCUCGAGCCCGCGAUUCUGACGACGAGGCCGAGCGCGACACCGCCCGUGGAGCUGACGGGGCAUUGCCUGGAGGUGCAUGCGGAGGUUUGUGCUGUGUUUCGCGCGCAGACGGAUGGGAAGACGGACGCGGAGAUCGAUGCUUGGUCUAUGGGCUGUGAACCCGGGUAGCGGUCUGCUUUGUAAUACUAUCGGAGACGUAGAAGAAAGCUGUGGGCUUGCCUAGUCAAGCUAUUUCUGCGCGCUGUAUAUGUUUGGAGACACGGCAUGAGGGGGCUCAUGG